AUGGCCUCUGGUGUGGCUGUCUCUGACGGUGUCAUCAAAAUGUUCAAUGACAUGAAAGUGCGCAAGUCUUCGAUGCCAGAAGAAGUGAAGAAACCCAAGAAGGCGGUGCUCUUCUGUCUGAGUGAGGACAAGAAGAACAUCAUCCUGGAGGAGGGCAAGGAGAUCCUGGUAGGAGAUGUGGGGCAGACUGUGGACGACCCUUACACCACCUUUGUCAAGAUGUUGCCAGACAAGGACUGCUGCUACGCUCUCUACGAUGCCACCUACGAGACCAAGGAGAGCAAGAAGGAGGACCUGAUGUUCAUCUUCUGGGCCCCUGAGAGUGCAUCCCUUAAGAGCAAAAUGAUCUACGCCAGCUCCAAGGAUGCCAUCAAGAAGAAGCUGACAGGAAUCAAGCAUGAAUUACAAGCAAACUGCUACGAGGAGGUCAAGGACAGAAAAACUAGGUAGUAGUGCCGUCAUCUCCCUGGAGGGCAAGCCUUUGUGAGCCGCCUCCAGCCCCCUGCAUGGAGCAUCUAGCAGCCCCAGACCUGCUCAUGGGUGUUACAGGCUGCCCCUUUCCUGCCAGACCUGAGGGGCUGGGGGGAUCCCAGCAGGGGGAGGGUAAUCCCUUUACCCCAGUUGCCAAAUGUCCUCCCCACCCCCUGGACCGUCCUUCUCCCUCCCCCUCC